ACAUCUUUCUCACUCUCGCUCCAUAUCUACUUCUUCGUUACCUCUCCAAACCAAAUCAAGAAAUUCAAGAGAAAAAUGAAAGUGCAAUCCCUCCUUUCGCUUCUGCUUCUGUGCCUCCUCUACUUUCAUCCAACCCUUUCUGGCGGAUACAUUCUCCCAGAAUACAGGGCCCUUCUCUCCGUCAAGUCCUCCAUCACUCAUGACCCAUUUUCAGCUCUUUCUACGUGGAACGCCUCCACUAGCCACUGCAACUGGAAGGGUAUCACGUGCCACCCUUCUAGUCGUCGCGUGAUCGCCCUCGAUCUCUCAAACCUUCUACUCUCUGGUACUCUCUCCUCGGACCUGUCUAAUCUCCGUUUCCUCUCCGAACUCUCCGUCGCUGGCAAUGAUCUCUCCGGGGCCAUCCCCGCCGAGCUCUCUUCCCUCUCUGCCCUCCGCGUCCUUGAUCUCUCAUAUAAUCGCUUCAACGGCACCUUCCCCUCCCAGCUCUCCCUCCUCAAGAACCUUCAGGUUUUGGAUCUCUCUGGCAACUACAUGAUCGGUGACUUGCCCCUGGCCGUCACCCAAAUGCCCAACUUGCGCCAUUUGAAUCUAGGUGAAAACUCUUUCUCAGGUCGGAUAACGUCCCAGUUCGGGCAAUGGAAAUUCUUGGAAUAUUUGGAUGUAUCCUAUAACGACCUCGAGGGUCCUAUACCGCAGGAGAUAGGAAACUUGACCAACCUCAGGGAGCUCUACAUUGGAGGAUACACCAGUAUGUACUGUGGCAUACCCUCGGAGAUCGGGAACCUAUCGGAACUAGUUUCUUUCAGAGCCAAUAGCUGUAACUUAUCCGGCGAGAUUCCAGCGUGGUUUGCCGAGCUGAAGAACUUGAGGCUGCUGCAAUUGUCUGAUAACAAACUCCACGGCGCUAUUCCUGAGUUUAUUGCCGACAUGCCAGAGCUGGAGAAGCUGUAUUUGUGGGAGAACAACUUUAGCGGGAUCAUUCCUCAGAGGCUGGGAAGGAAUGGGAAGCUUCAGGUUCUGAUUCUUUCAUCGAAUAAUUUGACUGGGACUCUACCUCCUGAUAUGUGUUUUGGGAAUCAGCUUGAGAUUCUGUCUACUAGGGAAAAUUUAUUGGUCGGUCCAAUCCCGGACGCACUCGGGAGGUGCGAGUCGCUAUCUCGAAUCGUAAUGGAGCACAACUUUCUCAACGGUUCAAUACCAAGAGACCUUUUCGGUUUGCCCAAUCUCACCUACGUGAUGCUGCAGAAUAACCGUCUGACCGGGAAGUUUCCCAUUUUCUCGAGAAACGAUUCUAAAUUGGGGAUACUAGAUAUUUCUGACAACAAGGUUCAUGGGGAGGUACCUAGUUGGAUCUGGAGACUUCCCUAUCUUGUGAUUUUGAAUCUUUCUCAUAAUUGUCUAGAGACUCUAGAUGAGAAUUUAAACUCUCCCAACACUUCCCAAUCCUCGUUGAAAAUGAUAGACCUUCAAUCCAACCAGCUCCAAGGGCAACUUUCAACUCUCCCACUGCAUUUUCUGUACACCAGUCAAAUGGCUUUGUUGGAGCUCACUUUUUUCUCUGUUUCGAGGAAUAAAUUCGACGGGGCUAUUCCUACAUCACUGUGCAAUGCUACAACUCUAAAUGUUUUAGACUUGUCCCAUAAUCACUUAACUGGCAUGAUUCCCCAGUGCUUAAUUGAAAUGAGUGGAGUUUUAAGCGUGAUGGGAAACAAUCUUACUGGCGUAAUUCCUGACUCCUUUCCAUUCAAUUGUAAUUUAGAAAUUUUGGUUCUGAAUGGAAAUCAACUAGAAGGAGAGCUACCAAAAUCCCUGGACAGGUGCAAUGCAACCUUGGGGGUUUUGGACAUUGGGAACAACCUCAUUCAGGAUACCUUCCCAUGUUAUUUGAAGAAUAUAGACACGUUGAGGGUCCUUAUUUUGCGAUCUAACCAAUUUCAUGGGUCUAUUAAUUGUCUAGACGCUAAUACCACCUGGUCCAAACUUCAAAUCUUAGACCUGGCCUCGAACCAUUUUGUUGGAAAGUUUCCAAUAUGUUAUUUUUCUAGCUGGAAGGCAAUGAUGGGAACCGAAAAGGAAAUGGAAAGUAAGGGUGGAUCUGAUCAUAUUGUAGCUGAUUCUUUUUCCCAAGAUUCUUUUUCGCUUGCCUAUCAAAUUAGGGUAAAUCUUACAUUAAAAGGUCAAGAUUUGGAGUUUGAGAAGAUCCUAACUAUCAUAACCUCACUUGAUUUGUCGUGCAAUAGUUUUGACGGAGAUAUACCUAAAGAAAUAGGAGAAUUCAAAGUCCUAUAUGCCCUCAACUUAUCUCACAACGCUUUUACGGGUCAAAUUCCACAAGCUUUAGUAAACUUGAGAGCUCUUGAGUCACUAGACUUGUCGAGCAACAAGCUCAUCGGAGAGAUUCCUCUCCAACUUGCAGAUUGUCUUACUUUCCUGUCAACUCUUAACCUUUCCUUCAAUCAAUUGGUGGGAAAGAUUCCACAAAUAAGGCAAUUUGCUACAUUUUCGGAAAGUUCAUUUGAAGGAAACAUAGGAUUAUGUGACUUUCCUAUGAAAGAAAAAUGCAUACAUGAAGAAUUGGGACCUUCUGCUCCUCCAUAUUCUGUGAAUUCAAUUGAUUGGGACUUCCUAAGUGUUGAAUUGGGAUUUGUUUUUGGCCUUGGAAUUUUUAUUGGACCUCUUAUAUUUUGGACGAGGUGGAGGAAACGCUACUACAAACAUGUCGACGACAUUGUUUUUAAAAUGUUUCCUCGGACAUACAUAAGAAUAGAAAAUUAUCGAAGCGGAGUACACAAGAAUGAAGGACGGCAAGCACGUAAGAAUCAAGGUGGGAGGUAAUGCUCAAUGCUGUCAGGCUGCACAAAAUAUGAAAUAUCAGGAAGUAAUAUGGCCUCGAUCCCCCCACCAUGUAGCAGAAAGCGUUAUGGGGAUGAAGCACAGGGCUUUGUACCCAUAAUUACAUUUGUAUAAGUUUUUAAUAGUUUUGGCGUUACUUUAUGUAAGAAUUUAGUCUAAAUUAGCAAAAUAUAUGAAGCAACUUCUUCUGGUUUGCAUAUUGGCCUA